CACUCCCUCUUGCCUUGUGGCGCAUCACCAUAACUGUCACUCUUCUCUCUUCUGCAAGCAAAGCCUCAAGUGACCUUUUGUUCCAGCAUUUACACCACGAGACUCUAGUAAACCUUGUCUAAAUAUUCAUAAAUUCAUCGAGUUCCCUUUUCAUCUGCCUCAAUCAGAAUCCUCGGUGUAUCAGUUCCACCGCCGCUCUUCAUCUCCGCCCACCACCCCGCAAUCCUUCCUUCUCUUAGAGCCUCAAGACACACCACUCUGCUCUCCAACCUUAGACUGUGUUCACAAUGGCGUCGUCAGAUCUCGACCAGUUGGUCAUGAUGGGCUUCGACAAGGAGAAAAGUGAAAUGGCCAUCAAAGCGACCGGUGGCUUGGCCGAUGCCAUCGACUGGCUAGACCAGAACUCCUCAAAAUCCAUAGAAGAGUUGAGAAGUGAGAAGGAAGCCACGGACAAAGCAAAAGCCGAAGAAGCAGCAGAGGAAGCCCGGAGUCUGGUUUGCAACGAGUGUGGGAAGAAGUUCAGAGGUACUGCACAAGCCGAAUUCCAUGCGAGCAAGUCUGGACACACCGAUUUUGCAGAGUCCACGGAAGAGAUCAAGGCCUUGACUGAAGAAGAAAAGAAAGCCAAGUUGGCAGACCUGAGAGAGAAGCUAGCGGCCAAGCGCGCUGUGCAGGCGGAGCAAGACAAGGUCGAUCAAAAACGAAACGAGCAGAUCAAUCGCAAGAAGACCAAAGAGACAGAGGACGCGAAGGAACAACUGCGGGUAAAAGAACAGAUCAAGGAAGCCGAGAAGAAGCGGCAAGAGAAGCAAGCCGAUAUUGAGGCAAAGAAGCGAAUACAGGCCAAAAUCGCUGCCGACAAAGAGGAAAGACGAUUAAAAGCCGAGAGAGAAAAAGCGGCUCGGUCAGGUGCUGCUGUGCCUGUCGUUGAGACACCUGCCGCACCGCCAGCAGCACCAAAACCAGCCUCGGACUACAAGGAGACGCGCCUCCGGUUACAGACUUCUGCCGGCAAUAUCAUGAAGACCUUCCCGGUCGAGACGACGCUGUUUGAGGUUGCUGCUGCGGUGGGCGAGGAGACAGGACGGGACGUUGAAAGCUUCACCCAGAACUUCCCUAGGAAAGUGUUCGGGCAUGAGUACUUUGGAGAGUCGCUGAAGGAUUUGAAGCUAGUGCCCAGUGCAAGCUUGAUCGUGACGUAGGUGUUCUCAUAUUGUCCCUUGGCCUUGAGCUUGAACAGUCUUCACGGCGAACCAUCUCGUGUGGGAUCUCAGAAUGGCAAGCAUAAUUCGUGCUCUGUUGCCACCAAUUGAUCCAGGCGAUGCUGACCAUGAAUGAAGGGAUUAUCCAUUGCCUUGGUAGCUGACGCGUGGAGGAUCGUGGAUCUGAGGGUCAUGAUAGAAUUAGAUUAAUCAAAACCCACCGAGCAGAAUCAGGGAAGGUUGAGAAUAUCGAUUGAUUGCCUGUGCUGUACAAUAGGAGUCCAGCCGCGUAAAUUGUCCUCCAUAUCGAUAUUAGAACUCCGUCCG